CAGCAGCAGCCCCUCCUCCUGGGAGCGGAACGCCCCUCCUGUGAGGUGUGUCCGCCUGUGUGCCCCGAGCAGGACAGGUUGUCUCACCUUCCAGCCGCUGACACCUGAACAUGGAGGCCGAGUACCGGGGUCUGGGCCGCUGUGUGUGCAGCUUCUGGCUGGCUGUCGCCUUUGACAUCGUGGGCCUGACCGUGCUCCUCCUCGGGGUGUUCGUCAACGUAUUUUUCUAUGACCUGCUCAUCUACGCGGGCGCCAUCGUAAUCUUCCUCAGCCUCAUCUGGUGGGUGUUCUGGUACUCUGGGAACAUCGAGGUGCCCCCGGGGGAGCUGGAGGAUGACGUCGGCCUGCUGAAGAAGAAGGGCCAAGCGGGCGGCAUCGGCGGGGUAGUGAGGCGGCUCUCCAACCGCGUCUCCACCGGAAUCAGGAACUCUUUCCGCCGGAACGGAGGCCGCGCAAGCCGAGCGCAGAGGUCAGCCGCUGGGACAGCGGAGUCCCAGCAGACGGGACAGGUGGCCGUUGCCAUGGAGACCGUUGUCCCGCAGGAAGGCCCCCCGCACACUGCAGUGUCCCCUGUGGCUUUCCUUGAAGUAGAGAUGCCGCACACAACUAUGGAGACUUCACCCACAUAACAGGUGGACAGAAACACGCCCACUUCCUCUCAGCGUUCACUCUGGAGCCAGCCUGACCUGCAGAACUCAGAGUCUUCAGUUUACUCAUGUGGACAACACAUUUUAUAACUAUUUAUGUUUUUAGAAAGAAAACAUGUUCAUAUAUUUCAAAUCAACACUAGCACUACUUAAGAUCUUCUUAUUGACCUGAAUGUGUUCUUAUCUGAAUGUCAGCUGAAGUUUUUAUGUUUGUUCCAGUUUUCCAGCAUGGAUAUGAUCCGUGUGUCCCGACUCCCAUUUUAAAAAUAGAUGGAAAUUAUGGGCUAGAACUGAUAAUGGGAUUUUUAUUUUGAUCAGACUGAAACCUGAGAGUUAAAAAGAAACUAAAUGAA